AUGACAGUACUGAAGCAGGAUGGAACUACUCAGUUCUGCAUGGACUACAGGCGACUAAACAAUCGGAUCAUUACCGACGCUUACCCUAUACCCAGAGUAGAUGAACGUUUGGAUAGCAUAGCCAGGGGACACUAUCUGACCACCAUAGACCGGGCCCAAGGAGGCUAUCCCCAAUUGGCCUUCGUCAUCCCACUUGGUGUGUACCAGCCCCUGCUAACCUGUCGGCUACGAUCUCGGAAGUGCUUCUGUUUACUUCCGGUUCACAGGAACCUGACGUCAUUUUCCCGCCUGCCGGCAGUCCGUUUCAAAGUUUCUGUUCUAAACUAA